GGAUCAGAGCUGUGUUAUACGACUCAUUGGAGUAACAUCAGCGUGAGCUGUCUUACCCCGGCACUGUCGGCUGGCACUCAUACCCUGGUACUCUCCGCUGAUGGCUUUGGUGCUGCUGCCAGGGAAAUGGAGUACGUACUGCAGGUGACCUCGGCCUCAGCUACCCAGGGGUCAGUGAAGGGUGGCACGCUGGUCAGGCUGGGCGGCACAGGCUUCAGCUCGGAUUGUUCCCGCCUCAAGGUGAAGCUGGGCCAGGUGUAUGAGUGUGAGGUGCUGCAGUGCUCCGAUGAGGCCCUCACCUGCAUCACCAGGCCCAUCACCACCAACCACAGGAUUGUGAAUGUUGGCACCAGCUCUGAGACUGUAUCAUGGUAUCCUCGUGUGCUGGAGGUAGUGGAGGGAGACUCAGUAACCUGGCAGUGGAGUAAGGUGUCUGAGAACUCACAGCUGCAGUACAGAGUGUGUGAGGUGGCUAGCCCUGUGGAUAAGUGUGAGGACGCUGAUGGUUCUGGCUUCUUCUCAGGGACACAGACUGCUGCAGGCUCCUUCACAGUGGCCUUCCCCCAGCAAGGCAUCCACUAUUAUGCUGGCCCCACACUGCCUGGUGGUGUGGUGAUGCGGGGCCAAGUCAACGUGGUACGGCCACCUCAUCAGGCCCUCAGGAUGGCCGUACUGCUGGGUGACAAGGAAGCCACCUACCAGGUUGCCGGGAGUCAGGUCGUCAACAUGAGUGGCUGUGACCCCAUCCUGGAGAUGCCUCUGGACGGGUGUGACCUCCCCGACCUGACCACACCAGAAAAUGGAUACCUGUACUUUCAUUUCCACACCUGUCACACACCUGUGGUCUCUGCCCUGGCCUCCUCCACCACCCACACUGUGAAGGGCCUGAGCGGCCUGCAGGUGGUGGGCGGCGACUCUCUCACCAUCACUGGAUCAGGCUUUGGUGACCUGGCCUGCCAGGUAGAGCUCAGUGUUGGUGAAGCAUCCUGUAGUGUGACCUCUGCUUCAGACACCUCUGUGACCUGCGAUCUGGACGACCUGGACAACCUGAGGUCGGGUGCAUACCUGCCCAUCACUGUCAAGGCAAUCAACAGGGGCAUGGCAGUGACAGACAUCGCAGGGUACAGUAGUGAGGGCCGUGUGGUGAUGGUGCCGCAGGUGUCCUCCCUCAGUCCCCUGGAAGGCUCCCUGGGUGGCAGCACCCUGCUCACCAUCAGUGGAAGUGGUCUGCAGGGUCUGGUUGCCUCUCCUGUGGUGCUGGUGGGGGGCCAGACCUGCCUCACUCCACCCUCCACCUCUGCCACCGUGGCCACCUUCACUCUGACUGUGGCCGGUGUGCCGGCCAAGAUGGACACCCUUACCUUCACCUACAGUGAGGCACUCACCCCUGUGGUCACCAGCAUGGCAGUGCAGGGCGAGGAAGCAACAUUGUCUGGCCACAACUUUGGCAGUGACAACACCAAGGUCACCAUCACUCUGGUGCAACAGUCGGUCCCCCGUGGCUGCCGAGAGGUGCCUCAGGAGGAGGAGAAGGAAGACUUGAUGGUGGAAGAAAGGGAAGAUUGGUGGUGGUGGUGCUGA